AUGUCUCAAAAGGCUUUGACUCUCCUCACUCUAUUUUACAAAACAUAUAAUGAGAAAGUAAACGACUGGGCUGGAGAAAGAGGUUUCACCAUUGAAAAACCCGUUUUCCUUGGGUCCCAGAUACUCUUGCUUCAGUCAGGGGAUGUCAGAAUUCAGCACGAUCGAAUUUCAAUUGUGAUCUUUAUUCCAAUACCCAAGGCCAUAGAAGACAAUGAAGAAAUUGUGGCUACCGAUGAGGCCACGACCACUAAAACCUCCUCCGCAAGGCCACUAGAACCACAUUACAGGAUCUCGAUUCAGUCUCUUGUAACUGGGCCAGUCUUUGCUGAAUCUUCUGUCGAGUGCGAAGUGGGCGACGUACUUGUUCUCGAGGGAGGGGAGCAACUAUCGUUAAGGGGUGAUGAUGUGUGUAUGCUGUGCACCCUGCAUCGUACGAACACGGCUGGCGCUGGGACGAAAGAUAACGAUCAGAUGUAG